GCCCAGGGGGCCCGAGGGGGCCCCAAGAUGACGCGAGAAGCCAGGGGCACCUUGGGCCAGGGGCACCUUUAGCAACCCCCGAGGCGGGGGCGAGGCCCCUGGGGGCUCGGCUGCCUCCGCGCCCAGCGCGGCCGCGGCCCAGGGGAGAGGCGCGGCGCUGGCACCGGAGGGGGCAGCCGCGGGCGGCAAGUGGAAGUCGAACUACGACCACCUGCCGCCCCCGCCGCCUGAUUGCAUCGGGGCGGCGGACACGCGUGUGGGCUCCCGCACGAUGCUGUUCAACAUGGUCACCGGGGCGAAGGCCGAGGCCCAGUGGAAGGCGGAGGCGGGGCCCGCCCCCUGGCAGGAGGCCCCGGGCCGCUCCCGGUCCCCGCCCGCCUGCAGGCUGCGCCGCGCGCCCACGGCCGCCGACGGCGAGGCCGCGGAGGUGUUGAUGCGUUUCGCGAGGGGAGCUCGGGUCAAGAUCCGCGGAUUUGUAGUCAACAGCGACUUCAACGGCUCCGACGGGAAGGUGGUCGAAAUCACCCUCGACCGUCGGUACCACGUGUCCCUGCUUGGCAAGCUGCAGGGCAUCACUCUGAGGUGGGUGAAGCAGGAUAACCUGGAGCACAUCAGCGAGGCCCAGGCAGGCAGCAGCUUGCUUGACGGCCUGGUCGUUGGUACUGGCGGUGUGGCCGCCGAGCGGCCGACCUGCGCGGUGCUGCAACGAUGAAAAUAAUGAUAGGAGAAAUCGCAUGAGUAAUCACCUACGGAUGCCCUCCGCCUUGUCGCUCUUUCCAGCCUCCUGGUGGGCCUUCGUGGAUCGGAUUCGG